AUGUCUUACAGCAUUGUCCUCCACGCUGGAGCUGCCGAUUCUUGGGCAGGAGAAUCUCAACUCCAAGAGAAAACCGAAUCCUUCCUACAUCAUUUGAUCAAUGGAGCCGAAGAUAAAUUAAGGAACGGAGAAAGUGCAUUGCAAGUUGUCACUGAAGUAGUAUCUGCUUUAGAGGACUACCCCCAAUUCAACGCCGGCAAAGGAUCUGCUCUCAACAAUGAUGGCUUCCACGAGUUAGAAGCAGCUGUAAUCGACGGUCGAACCUGUAGGUACCGAGCAGCAGGCGGCUUGCAGCGCACCAAGAAUCCCAUCAAACUGGCGCACAAAAUGCUCGAUUUCCCGGCGCCGGCGUUGAUAGUUGGGAAUGCAGCCGAUGAGCUAGCAGAGACAAACGGCUUGGACAUGGUAGAUAACUCAUACUUUACUACCGACAGCCGUCGACUCUACUGGGAGGCGAAGAAGAACAAGCUGGUGGAAAAUCAUGGCACCGUGGGUGCGGUGGCCCUCGAUAUUUAUGGCAAUCUUGCGGCUGCCAAUUCCACUGGCGGUGUUACUUUCAAGCACCGAGGACGAAUCGGAGAUACGGCGAUUGUUGGCGCAGGGAUCUAUGCUGAUGAUCAGGUGGCGGUUGUUUGCAGUGGAAGCGGCGAUGCUAUACUCCAGGCUACUGUGGCUGGAAGAGCUGCAGCAGCAGCGCGGUCAGGAACCAAGCUGGAUGAUGCCGUGGAGAAGGCAAUUUUGAAAUCUGCUGAGCUCUACCCGGAUUCCUCAUGUGGAGUGAUUGCAAUGGACAUAUCCGGGUCUAUCUCGAUCCAUUGUAAUAGUCGGAUUUUUGCAGUGGCGUCGGCCAAUUCUUCACAACUCCCCGGGCGGGCUAGUAUCGCGAGGUCGACGAUUCCGAUCUUGAACCAACUCGCUAUCUUCGAAGAUGAGAAGAUCAAAGCUGGGAUGGUAAAGUACCCAACCUUUCCAAAUCAGAUCGUGGUUCAUUCCCAGCCGAGAGAGCCCGUCUUGUCUCUGGAGGCUGAGCCCUUCGUGGAUUUCUUCAUGCGACUAAGAAGAGUGAUUCAGAAGGUACAAAGUUUCUACCAGGCGCCUGAUAUCGCAUUCAUAACCUGUGGGGAAACCUCUUCGGCAUUUGUUUUCCCGCUCUUGAUAUCCCCGCAGUAUACGGAUAUAGACCUUAAAGAUGACAGUCACACCACCACCUACCGUCCUUUAAGCGACGGUCACCGUGCAGGUUUCCACUACGUUGAUGACAGGUUGAUCAAGGUCGAGAUCCAUCGACCAGACAAGACUGGGUUGUUCUCCACAGAGCUACAACAAUACUCCCAGACUAUCUUUCAAAUCUGGAAUAUCCUCCAGGUUCUAUCACGGGAGCUAGGCCCUGAUGCAUCACGUCCGCAUCUUGAGGUUCAUCCUCAACGAAAGGGGCAUGCCACCAUCUUCUUAGGUGCGCCUCAUCUAUCAUCAUUUCCUAAGCCUGCGACCUUCUGCGAUUCCCUCCCCGAAUAUCUCACCCCGGAACUGGGACCAAAAGUGACGGACAUAGCUGGCCUUGGGCGACUAGCAGGCGAAAUCGCGGAGUAUUUGACAAUUUAA